ACCGCCCCACACUCUUGCCUUUUCCCCACUGCCGAAGAGGAUCACCGGCGCAUUUAGACUUUCCGAUCGAACGAUGUGCAGCAACACUUCAUCUUGCGCGCCUACUCCGCCGGCCGCAAAGAAGGUGAGGCACGAGAUGGAGCUUUUCGGCGACGUGAGGGUCAACAAUUACUACUGGCUCCGCGACGACAGCCGCUCGGACCCCGAGGUUCUCUCUUAUCUCCGGGAGGAAAAUGAAUACACUGAUCACAUCAUACGCCUUGCCCUGAAUCGCGAAGCACCAUUAUCUGUUUAUGAUAUCAUGCCAACUGGACCGGAUGCCCCACUAGAGCAUGUAAUUCUUGAUGAAAAUGUCAAAGCUCAAGACCACGAAUUUUACCGCAUUGGUGCCUUUAAGGUAAGUCCCGACAAUAAGUUAGUGGCAUAUGCUGAAGACACCAAAGGAGAUGAAAUAUAUAUUGUUCACACUAUUGACAUUGAAUCUCAAGCUCCUGUUGGGGAGCCUCUAGUUGGGUUGACAUCAGAACUUGAAUGGGCAGGUGAUGAGGCCAUAGUUUAUGUCACAAUGGAUGAAAUCCUUCGUCCUUACAAGGCAUGGCUGCACAGCAUAAAGAUCCAAUACAUACAACUUUUUUGCAACCAUCUUCCUGUUUAUGAGCGUGAACAAGGUUUGCCUAAAAUAACCAUUUAUAACCUUCCUGCUGUUGGAGAGCCAUUGAGAAAGCUUCAAGGUGGCAGGGCUAUUGAUUUCAUUGAUCCAAUAUACUCUGUGGAUCCAUCAGAAUCACAAUUUGCAUCAAGCAUCUUGAGACAGUCCCAUGAAAAAUCUAUUAAAUUUAAGAGGGUAAUGUCAUUAGAAAGGAGUACAAUCGAUAUCGAGUCAUGGGAUGGGACCAUUUCAUCUGGAGAGUUCUACAUUUCCAGUUGUGCAUUUGCUGAGAAAUGGGAGAAGUUUAACUCUGCUCUUCCUCAAUGGUCAUGGUGCAGAUGCCCUAAGUUACUUGGGGUUCCUUCAUCUCGAGUAGAAGGAUAUCUACGCGUGGAUGGCAUAAUUCCUCCUCGCAGGUGUACUAUGGAGGAUAAUCAUGAAUGCGAUGAUGGUGGAUUAAAAGAGACGGUUUGCUUGGAGGAAGAGGAGUUUAUUGACAGUGCUGCAUUGGUUCAACCUGAGAGGCAUGAAAGGUGCCACUAUGACUUCCAUAUUGUUUACAGCUUAUCCUAUGGCGUCCCUGUGCUAUAUUUCCGAGCAUACUGGAGCGAUGGACAACCUUUGGCAUUGCACGAUGUAGAAACAGACAUGCCUGCAAUCACAAGACAAGAGCUGUCAUCGUUCAAAUGGACCUUUAUAACUCAAGAGGAUCACCCUUACCUGAACCAGCCAUGGUUCACGCUACAUCCGUGUGGGACUAGUGAGUGGAUGAAGAUGCUCUUUAGUAGGGACACAUCUGCAAUGGCACUUGGUGGAGUGGCUAUUGAUAGGUACAUGGUGUCUUGGUUCUCAGUUGUUUCGAAAGCUUUUGGUCUCCAACUUCCCCUUGAAAUGUUUGGUAGUGGUUAAGUUUUGGAAAUACUUUGGUUGAGUUU